CUGACAUAACCUCAAUAUAAUUUAAGAUUGUAUUUUGAAUUUUACAUUUUACGCAUAUUAUUUAUACCUAUUAUGUUCAAUGGCUUUUAUAAAAGAAUCAAACGUAAAUAUUCUCGAUAUAUUCCGAGAAAAAGAUUUAGUCAAAAUAUGUGCCCCCAUGGUGCGAUAUAGCAAACUACAAUUCAGAAAUUUGGUAAAGCUCUACAACUGCGAUUUAAACUUUACUCCAAUGAUUCUAGCCGAUUCGUUUUGUCAAAGUGAAAAAGCCAGGACCAACGAAUUUACGACAAAUUUUGUAGAUACGCCGUUAGUUAUUCAAUUUGCAGCAAAUACAGUUCACGAAUUUGUAGGCGCAGCACAUUUAGCUUCUCCUUAUUGUAACGGAGUGGAUCUAAAUUGUGGAUGCCCCCAACGGUGGGCUAGAGAACAGGAACUUGGAUGUGAGAUGUUAAAAAAUCCUCAAUUGGUAUAUGAUAUGGUCAGGCAAUGCAGAAAUCGCAUAUCCAAACCCUUCACUGUAAGUGUAAAAAUAAGAAUUCUAAAUGAAGACAAUAAAACAGUGGAACUAUGCAAACAACUAGAAAAAUGUGAUGUCAGUUUUCUAACACUACAUGGUCGUACUUCAACCCAAAUCGUAGGAGAAGUUAAUAGAGAUGCUUUAAAAGCAGUAAGUGAAAAUUGUGAUAUACCCAUAAUAGCCAAUGGAGGCGUAACAAAUCUCAAUGAAUGUUUUGAGCUAAAAGACUACACGGGAUGUAAAGGAAUUAUGGUAGCAAAUGGAAUAUUGACUAACCCAACUUUAUUCACAGGCAGUUCAAUUACAACAUUGGAUUGUGUUCAAAAUUGGUUGAAUAUUUGUUACAAUAGUACAUUAACACAGGAGAACUAUGAAAAAGAAACAAAUAAUCCAACUAAUUUGAUUAAAGAAAAGCCUUAUAACUUAUCCUUUCAAGUUUUUCAUCAUCAUUUAGUUUUCAUGUUAGAAAAAGUUCUCCCAAGGAGAAAGAGACAAAUUUUUAACAGUUUGAAAACUUUUAGCUCAGUUUUACAGUUUUUAGAAGAUUAUUUUACCAUCAGACCUCAUUUAUUUGAACCAGGUGUGUUUUUAAAAUAUGCCAAUUUCAAUUUGGAUUACACCAAAAGGGAAUCUGUUUAUCAAGAUUUGAAACCUAUUAUUGAAGACUUUAAAGAAUCUUUUCAAGUUUACAAUGCAGACAAUAGGGAUGGCAAAUAUUUUUGUUCUAAAAUUACAUCUGAUAAUAAUGAUAGUUGUGAUUGGUCAAAUUUGUUCAUUGAAAAUGGAUGA